AUGGCCGAUUCCUACAGCUUUCUCUUCCUUUUACUCGUCUCAGCUCUGAUCAUCUCUUCAUCCACCAUCGCUGCGAGUGAAGACCACAACCUCAACUGGGUCCCAACGAGAGCCAGAGCAUGCCAAGGAACGGUGGCAGAAUGCAUGGGAGACGAUGAGUUUGAGAUGGACUCGGAGAUCAGCAGGCGAAUAUUGGCGACUUCCAACUACAUAAGCUAUGGAGCUUUGGAGAGGAACAAUAUACCAUGUUCCCAGAGAGGUGCAUCUUACUACAAUUGCAAGACAGGUGCAGAGGCCAACCCUUAUAGCCGUGGUUGCAGUGCUAUUACUCGUUGUCGUAGUUGA